CAAUCGUAUUGGUACAUGGACCUAGAACAGUGGAAGGAAGUCAUUAAAUAAAAAAGUAAAAUUUUCAAUGUAAUAUAAUUUCGCUAUCACAAUCGCCACAAUGGUUUGUUUAGAUAAUAGAGAAGGUAAGAACAAAGGUAACCAUCCAGACAAUGUUAGAAUUCUACUAGUAGGUGAUGGUGAUACUGGCAAAACAUCCCUGAUACUCUCCCUGGUGUCAGAAGAGUUCCCAGAACAUGUGCCUGCCAGAGCUGAAGAGAUCACCAUCCCUCCUGACGUCACUCCUGAAAGAGUUCCUACUCACAUAGUUGACUUUUCUGAGCGUGAGCAGAGUCCUGAAGAGCUGCGGCGUGAGCUGCAGGCUGCGGAUGUUGUGUGUGUGGUCUACAGUGUGGAGGAGGAAGACACUCUGGACCGCAUCACCAGUCACUGGCUUCCUCUCAUAAGGACCACAUUGGGGGAAGAUCAUGACACGCCCAUUAUCCUUGUGGGCAAUAAAGUUGAUCUUGUGGACUACAGUACAAUGGAGAUUGUGUUGGACUUGAUGCUGGAAUACCCUGAGAUAGAGACCUGUAUUGAGUGCUCGGCGCGCUCACUGAAGAACAUCUCGGAAUUGUUCUACUAUGCUCAGAAGGCAGUUCUGCACCCCAUAGCCCCUCUGUACCGCCUCGACGAGAGGGACUUGACAGAGGAGUGCAAGCGAGCUUUGUCCCGCAUAUUCCGCCUCUGCGACCGGGACUGCGACGACAUCCUAAACGACCACGAGCUGAACGUCUUCCAGGAGCUGUGCUUCCAGAGCCCUCUCAUGCCCCAGGCGCUGGAUGACCUGAAGGCGGUGGUGAGCCGCAACUGCCCCGACGGCGUGCAGGGCGACGGCCUCACUCUUCGGGGCUUCCUGUUCCUGCAUCGCCUCUUCGUGCAGCGCGGGCGCCACGAGACCACAUGGACGGUCCUCCGGCGCUUUGGUUAUAACGGCGCCCUCACCCUGCCCCCGGAGUACCUCAUGCCUCCGCUGCGGGUGCCGCCUGGCUGCAGCACAGAACUCAACCAUGCCGGCUACCUCUUCCUGACGGAGCUGUUCGAGCGCCACGACCGCGACAAGGACGGCGCCCUCAGUCCUGCCGAGACCGUCAGUCUCUUCGCCACGUGCCCCGGCGUGCCCUGGGGGCCUGAGCUCUGCACCACAGUCACCACGAAUAGUGCGGGCUACGUGACGCUGGCGGGCUUCCUGGCGCAGUGGACGCUGUGGACGGCGCUGGACGUCCAGAUGGCCCUGCAGCACCUCGCCUACCUCGGCUUCUGCGUCGCCUCCCCACACGCCUCCCAGCUGGCCGCCAUCACAGUGACGCGCGAGAAGAGCCUGGACCUGGCGAAGAGGGCGAGCGUGCGCUCCGUGUACCAGUGCCACGUGAUCGGCCCUCCCGGCGUUGGCAAAACUACUUUCUGCCAGGGCCUCCUGGGGCGCUCCCUGCAGGAGGUGCAGACGCUGAGGGAGGACACGGUAUCGCGGCACACCAUCGCUACGGUGCAGGUGUACGGCCAGGAGAAGUACCUCGUGCUGCACGACAUCGACGUGCACAACAUCACUGACGCCCUCAUGCCUGACGAGGUGGCAUGCGACGUCGCCUGCCUCAUAUACGAUGUCAGCUCACCUACAUCGUUCGAGUACAUUGCCCGUAUCUACUUGAAAUACUUCAGCGAGUCGCAGAUCCCGGUGCUGGUGGUGGGGAACAAGGAGGACGCUGGCAAGGUGUGGCAGCGCUACAUGACGCAGCCUGAGCAGUUCUGCGUACAACAUAAACUCCCUCCGCCUCACCCCUUCUCAUCAGCGCGCCCCAAACGAGACAUCUACACUAAACUCGCUACCAUGGCUGCCUACCCGCGCUUCCAGGCGGCGUGGAUGCUCUUCUACAAGAAUAGGCAGCUCCAGCAGCUCCGCCUCGCCGUCUACGGGGAGGAGGGCCGAUGGCUCAAGGUUGGCCUCGGCGUCGCUGCGGCCGCUGCCAUCGUGAUUGUUUUAUCCAAAGUCUUCAGGAGCUCAGACCCUAGAUAACGUGGUGACCCUAGCGUGACAUGGACUCUAGAUAACGUGGUGACCCUAGCGUGACAUGGACUCUAGAUAACAUGGCUGGUGACCCUAGCGUGUCACGGCGACCUGCUGCGUUAAGUGAAGUCAUCUGAGCGCUCAACGAUUCUUCGCCCCGCACUGCCUCAGGGCUUCCGCACUCCUGGCCAGGGUUUCGGUUGUAUUUUAUUGUGUAUAUUGCAAUUACGCCGCAAUUUGGUUUACUCAAAUAAAUGAAUUACGUACGGAUGAGUAGAUUGUGCUGCAUGGGUUUUAUCUCGAGUUGAUAUUCAAUCCUCGUGAAUAACAAUUGGAUUCAUCCAAAUAUUAUAAUCUCUUAAUGUAAAGCUACUCAAUUUCAGUGGCUUUCAAUUUUGUGAUUGUAAUUUAGUUUUUAUAGAUAUUCCUUGAUAAUUGCUCCAGGGACUUUUUGUAGCUUAGGAUAUCCAUGCCAGCGCAUAUGCUGCUCUGCUGCUGGAAGUCCUGUGAGCAAUGCACGUGUGGUUGGGGAAAUUCCUUCUCUGCAACUGUAGUAUCUUUCUUCCACAUAUAUUCGCGUGUAAAUAAAGUAACUUUAAUGCCGGUUUAUGAAAUGUAAUUGCUGAGUGCAAUAUUGAACGGUAAGGUUUGCCGAGAAAUGAACGUAUUGGAUAUAAAUUUGAUGGAAUUUAAUUCCAAAAUGCUUGCUUCAACCGCAUGCGGAAGUGCGUUCCUUGCCUUGUUUCGCCCAGUGGCCGGCUCAAUAAGUGAGCUCAGUUGUUUGUGUUGCGUCAAUUUUAUCUUGUUGAGUGUAAAUAAUGAAAUCUUGAAUAAAUUGGUUUUAAACCUGCCAAUAAAGAACAAAUUUGUUUUGAACAUCAUUCGAUUAGUGUAUCAAUGCUUGUACGUGUUGUUCUCAAAUAUAAUAAAUUAUUUUACCAAAUCGUAUUGCUGAACGAAAUAAAUUUGGAAUCGUGUUCAGCGCGUUGAUCACAUUAUCUCGUCCUACUGAUAUUGAUGACUUGUUUAUCUCUGCUGCGUGCCUCGCAGAUCAAAGCAGCGUGUACACUAAGAAUUCUCUUCUCUACUUCAAGUAUCAUUUUAAUUGCGAAAUGUUCUUCUAUUUACUUUUACUAUGUUCGUAUCUCUUAUUUUAUAGUUUCUCAUGAAUUAAUGUUUGGCUGCCACAUGGCCUGUUGUGGCGAUGCGCCACGAGGGGAGAUGUGUAGCUAUACUACUUGGAGCAGCUGGUCGUCAUGUGGUAUAUUGUUAUUACUUACUUCCUUUUCUGAUUUCUAAUUCAACAUUUAGUCUUGGUAACCGUUGGGUGCUAACGAGUCAUUUCCAAACUACGUCUUAGGUUCGACCUCGUAGUCAGAGACUUGUAUUAAUGACCCUUGAGGUCUUUGUUGUUCUCACUAAAAUAGAGGUUGUGUGAAUAAUAACGAUGGUGAUUUACAGAGUUUCUAGAAAAUUUAGUGCCAAACCAUGGAGAUUGAGCUAAGUUACGUUCGACCUUGAACCUCUUUUAGACUACAUUCCUGAUUCGCGCCCCACGUGAGUAUCUCAUUUGCCUAACAGAUAUACGCUUCCCAAUGAUUGGUAGAACCAAGGAGCACGUGAGUGGCCUGUUUGGUUCACUGGUCCAAGUAGUGAAGUGGUUCACAAACUGGUUCACUUUGCCACACAGUUUAACAUGCCAAGUUAGACCUGUUAUUUCUUUUACUAAGGUUGUCAGCGUUGGCAUGCAUGAACUUUUGCAGUCACUAAUACAUAAAUAACCCUUAGUUUGACAACAACAAUCGUAUGUAUAUAUACAAGGUCAGUGUGCCCAUACAUUUGUGUUGUGCUAGUCGGUAUAAGCUAGCGUUGAGAACUGUAAGUAGUCUGCUGCUGUUCUGUUGAGACUAGCGCGAUGUGCAGCUACUCCCCUAUUGCUGCUGUUGGGACUAGCACGAUGUGCAGCUAAUGUUCUGUUGCGGCUGUUUGCAUUAAGUCCGAUUGGUAGCAGCUCACUUUCGUUGCGAGGAACUCCCCCCUGUUUUUUUGAUCUCCAGGUAUUAUGUACAAUAAAUACUUGAACUCU